UGUCGAUCCAUCCCUUAUGGUUAGCGAAAAUGCUCUCCUAAGCUGCUACGAAAAGUCUCUUCGAAGUGGCGUGUUUUUAGGCAGUCCCUCGUCUCUCCCUUCCCCCCCUUUGCGUGUGCGUGUGCGAUUCUGGCAGCGUAACAUCUGUGCGUACGCGGUCGUGAUUGUGUUGUGAAGAUGGCGGAGGGAGAGACAGAGAAGGAAUAUGCCACAAGAAAAGCUAUCGAGCGGCUCCGAGAACGGUUCCAGGAAUUGACUACAACACUAAAAGAAAACCUGGAAUCACCGUCGGACGCCUCUUUGCGUUUCUGCCAGGAAUUCUGCCAGAUCCUUGUGGAACAUGCAGGUCGAUGGAAGACUGAGGAGGAGCCACUGCCUUUACUGGAGGUGUACACGGUGGCCAUACUCAGUUAUGCAAAGGCAACCUCCUGUCUCUCCUCCGAAUGUGAAAAUGUGCCACUCGUACUUGAAAACCUAGCACUGAGCUGUAUGGAGCUCCUGCUCUCAUUGCCUGAGAGUGUCCCUGGUGCCUUAUGGGAGGAGUUCCAAUCCUCUGUCAAGUCGGCGCACAGCCUUCUGCAAGAACAUGGGAACACACAGCUUCACAUGCUAUCAGCUAUGGCACAGGAGCCUGGCAUGUGGACCAACACCACUCUGUGCAGCAUUCUGUCUAAUGAGAUACCUGAAAUUGACAGAGUUCAUGAGUUCCUGCAAAUGGAAGGUCCCACACUCCUUAAUAUGCGAAUAAAGCACCUUAUCAAACAGAAUAGAGCAGAGCAAGCAGCUGUCUUAGCAAAGAUGUGCUCAGAGUAUCCAGAGUACGAAGGAAAAGGGAACUUCAAGCAGACAUACCUUGUUUGCCUGUGUAUGACAAAAACACAAGAACAACUCAUGCAAGAGAUCGCGCAGGUAGACUGUAAGGAUGGAUUGGAGAUGAUUUGUAACCUGGAGUCAGAUGGGGAUGAAAAAGGAGCCCUUUGUUUGUGCUCUGCGUUCCUUGAGCGGCAGCUUCUCCAGGGAGAUGUGUAUUGUGCCUGGGAGCUCACACUAUUCUGGAGCAAGCUUUUAAUGCGGUCAGAGUCUUCAGCUGAUGCAUUUCUUGGUCAAUGCAGAAAGUUGGUUCUGCUUUCCAGGAGCGUCUGUCAUAUUCUCUUCCUCAUCAAGGUUAUCCAAUCGGAGGUCGGAGAAGUGGGACUGCCGGUGUGCAUUGAAAUGUGCAUUCAAGCUCUACAAAUGGCAUCCAGUGACAACAUGGACAGCAGGACCACCAUCUGCAAAACGAUUUCAUGCCUUUUGCCUACUGAUUUUGAGGUGAAACGGGCAUGCCAACUAACAGAGUUCCUCUUUCAGCCUACUGUGGACUCAUAUUAUGCUGUUGAAUCACUCUAUAAUGAACCUGAUGAAAAGCUUGAGGGCGAGAAUCUUCCAGUACCCAACUCGCUACGCUGCGAGUUACUGUUGGCCUUGAAGACACAGUGGCCUUUUGAUCCAGAGUUCUGGGACUGGAGAACCUUGAAGCGCAAUUGUUUGGCGUUGAUGGGUGAGGAGGGAUCCAUCGUGUCAUCCAUCGACACUCUCAAUGACACGGAUGAGGGACUUGAGGACGAUGCAGCAGAAAAAGGUCCAGAGUUCAAAGACCUUGAGGACUUUAUUUUGAACACUACGAAUGAAUUGAAUGAAAUUGCAGAUGGAAAAGAGAAAAAUAGGGAAGCUAAGAAAUUGAGGGAGAAAGGGUUUGUAUCGGCAAGAUUUAGGAAUUGGCGAGCAUAUAUGCAGUAUUGUGUUCUAUGUGACAAAGAGUUCCUUGGCCACAGGAUUGUCCGCCAUGCACAGAAGCAUUUUAAAGAUGGGGUCUACACCUGUCCGAUUUGUGCUGACAGCUUUGACACUAAGGAGAUCCUUGAGCCACAUGUAGCGUCACACGUGAAGCAGUCUUGCAAAGAGCGACUUGCUGCUAUGAAAGCAACUAGGAAAUUGCCCAAGCCAACGCAAUCCACCAGUAGUCAUUGUAAUAAUUUUAAAGAUGGCGCUGUGGUGAAGCUUGAAGCAGAGACCAUUGUCAGCCCAAAUGAUGCUUAUUCUCUGGAUGGAAAUCGCAAAAGUGCUGAAACGGUCAAAGUCAGUCCUCAAAAGCCUGUACAAACUAAGGUCAGUCCUCCAAAGCCUGUACAAACUAAGGUCAGUCCUCCAAAGCCUGUACAAACUAGAUAUGAAGCAGAAUUUACUGAGGAUUGUGUCUGCCCUGUUACAUACUGUCAGAAGGUAUUCAAGUUUUUUCGGAGUCUUGUAACACAUGUAAAAGCCCACAAGAAUGACGAGGAAGCAACACGUUUUCUGGAGAUACAACGACAGAAGGUUGUGUGUCAGUAUUGCCGUCGGCAGUUUGUGAAUGCCAGACAUCUCAAUGAUCAUUUGAAAAUGCACUGUGGCGCUAAGCCAUACUAUUGCAUACAGCUGAAUUGCACAGCCAGCUUCCACUGCAAUUCGGAACUUCUCAUGCACAAAAAACAACACACUGACUUUAAGUCACAGUGUAUGUUCCCUAAUUGUGGAAGGAUUUUCAACGAGGCCUACCUGUUGUAUGAUCAUGAGGCACAACAUUACCUUACAUUCACUUGCAAAAUAGCUAAUUGUGGGAAUAUUUUCUAUUCACAGUCCCAGCUAAAUUUGCAUCAGCAGAACCAUGACACUAAUGAAAUGCCCGUCGCAAGUGAGAACCAUCCUGUACCUGAAAUGGAACCUUCCACCCAGUGCUCCACUAGGCAAGAGGAAACCUGCUCUGCCUCUGUCAAUCUAGAUCAGAAGACUGCACAGGAUUAUGUGACGGAAGAAGUAGUUCAAUCAGGUUCGUCAACAGCUCCUGAGAACCCAAACGGCCCAAUGAAAAUAAAACAUUCAGUCGAGAGCAUGUUGAGCAGUUCUGUUGUCAAUCCCAGAAAGGAGUUUCGGAAGUGUUACGUUCCACUGAUCAAAACUAAGCUGGGAUUGGAGAAUGCAAAACUAUCUCCUGCCGUCCCACGCCAAGAAAUGAUAGCAAAUCAUGUGGAUCCCCAAUGUGAAACCAAUCUCUUGAAAGAGUGCCCAAAAGAGGAGCUGAAUAACAUACCAACUGAAGCUGUUCAGAAAGUGUUACCACAGGCCUUUCCUCCACCAGAAAUUAAGAGUGAACCCCCAUUUAUUCUACAUCCCUAUCAAAACACUCCUGCAAUAACUGGUAGAGAUGAGGAUGAGUAUAGUUGUCCACUUGAAGCAUGUGACCGCAAAUACAGUACCUCCAAAAGUCUCUCCCGACAUGUAAAGAAAAACCAUCCAGACAUUUUUGAAGACUGGAAACUGGCUAAGAAGUACAAGAAAGUUGUCAAAAUAACUUCGAGAAAAGUUCCAUCUGUGAACAAGACUUCACAGGAUCCAGAGGACAAAACAUUACUUCAUCAAGCACCACUAUGCAGAAAUACUGGAUUACAGCAGUUUGAAUAUCCGGUGGCAUGUUCAAAUGUACCUGCAAUUUGCCCCGUUUGGGAAACCCCCCCAAACCAGACAGGUCUAAUGCAGUCCGAGAUGGGUGACGAAUGGACAUCUACAUUGAACAAUUGCUAUGCAGAGGUCUUCCAUCUGAAUGAAUACCCCAAUAAGAGCGUAACUCCUUGGCAAUCAGAACCGUAUCAACCAUUAGAAAGGAGCAGAGAAACCCCCCCAAACCAGACAGGGCUAAUGCAGUCCGAGAUGGGUGACGAAUGGACAUCUACAUUGAACAAUUGCUAUGCAGAGGUCUUCCAUCUGAAUGAAUACCCCAAUAAGAGCAUAACUCCUUGGCAAUCAGAACCGUAUCAACCAUUAGAAAGGGGCAGAGAACAUACACCAGCAAAUAUGCUUGAUAGUACCAUCCAACCCAUUAAAUCAGAGUCAAGUCUGAUGAAUCAGAUGUCGGAAUAUGUGUCAAGCUCUCUUAUGCUGGAUAAUGGAGAACAACACUAUGGAAUAAUUAACUCUGGGGUUAAUGUAGAUAAUGUUGAUGUUUCCCUAAUGGGAAAACACUAUUCCAGUAUGUCUACCCAAGAAGGUAACAAUUUGUCAGCUGGAGGUUCUCAUGCUUCAUAUGUCCCAAAUGAAUAUGUCCUUAAUUCAAGGGCAUCAAUAGACAUUCCAAGCAAUGCAGUGAGCCAUGAUGGUCAAGUAGCACCAAGAAACACAGUGGAGAUGACCAACAUGGAGGACGUAACCCAUCUUCCAUCACCCAAUUAUGAGAAUCAGAUGAGCAGAUCUGUAGAUGAAAUGAUUCUUAGUCCGCAUGCUUCUAUCCAAAAAGAUGUAUCGUACAAUGAGGACACUCAUGCAGAAUCUGAAGCUAUCCCUGCAGGCGAGAAGAUUGCUGAUCAUGAGAUACAGAAAGUCAAACGCUGCAGACUCAGCAAGAGAACGAAAUGGCCUGCUAUCAUAAAGGAUGGCAAAGUCAUCUGCCGAAGAUGCUUUAGAGAAUUCUCAAGCACAAAGUCUCUCGGAGGUCAUCUUUCAAAACGCUCCCAGUGCAAACCAUUAGUUGAAAUGGACUUAAAGGCUGAUUUGCCUACGUCAUUUCUCGACUUUCUCAAUGACCCAAAUGUUCCCGAAACCGGAUCAAUAUACAACGUACUAAAUGGUGAAUUCCCACAGGAGGUUGUUGGUAAUCUCUCCACACGAAAUCCCUCCAAUUUGGCACCAAAGGAAACCCAAAAACCACUGGAUUCUCAAUCAUCAAGCACCUUUCCUUCAAUUUCGGCCGGUAGACAAUCCAAACUCAACCCAAAUAAAGCAGAAGUGUGGAUAGAAUUGAAAGAGUCAAAGAAUUAUGCUGGUAGUCAGCAGAAGGAUGAGGAGUCAAAUGGCAGUCUUGCUGAAAAAAGGUCAAAUGCAACUUCCUUUGCCGCAUGUCAAGACGACAAGGUUAUAGAAAUUCAAAAUGCCCUACAAAUGUUGGAUUUAGUUGAAGCUGCACAUGAGAAAAGUUUGCAGGAAAAUUGUCCCUCAAAGUACAGUGGCAGCCAAAGCAAUACAAUCUCAAGCUAUAAUGUCAUGCAAAAAGAUAGUGAUCAAAGCACGACAACAAAAACGAUUGUCAAGAAGGAAGACCAGAAUCGUGAUAAUGGCCCCAAGCCGUUCAAGUGUGAAAUGGAUUAUUGUGAAUAUGGGUUCAUGACAAAAGAGGCAUUAUUCAGACACCUUGGUAGAGUUCAUGAUUACACCAUUGAGAUGAUUGAGGAACUCAAGAAAACCCCAGUCAAAUUCUCUCCAUAUCCUUGUUACAUUUGCCCGAAAACAUUUACCAGAACCACAGGCCUAAGAAUUCACUAUGAAAAAGUCCACCACCUGACACAGGCAGAGAUGAACAAGUUAAAGGUCGGAAAUCGCAAAAAAAGGUCAAGCAACACCAAUAUCGGAACAGAGGUAGAGAGUAGUCAUGGAACUGAAUCUUCAGUUGUGUCAACUUUCAUCAAACAAGAGCCACUUGAUAUUGACAUUGGCUGUCCAAUUCAAAGCACAAAUCAAGAGGGACAUGCACAGUCCUCUGAGGUCAUUACAGCAGGAGAUGCAGUUCAAGAGGAUUCUAUGCAUCAAUUAACAGUUGAGAGAGUGCAAUCACCACAAGAUACCUUGGAGGACUUGGACAAGUCAUUUUACGAAUUAGAAUCACCAUCAAAGACCAGAUAUACCAAGACUGAGACAUUAAAGACAGCCCCACAAAUUAACCACACCCCAGUGUUGAAGCAAAAAUUCGGUCAAGGUGACACUGUUGAAGAGCCAGAAGCACGUUCCGACGCUAAAUCGUUUAGCCAUGCAACAGAGGCGACUUCCAGCCAGGCUGUGAAACCCUCACCAGAAAAAGCAAGUUGUUCAAAAAACACAAUUUCCAAAGAUGAGGUUCAUUUCCAAAGGAAAGAAAAGGUUCAGAAAAGGUUGGGGCUUCAACUGUGUGACGCUGACAAUUCUUUCAGCCCAUAUAGGCCCUACCGUUGUGUUCAUGAAGGAUGCGCUGCAGCCUUUACCAUCCAGCAAAAUCUGAUCCUACACUCUAGGGCUAUGCAUCAGUCAUCCCUUCCCCUGUCUUCAGGAGACCUUGAUACUGAAAAGGCUGAUAUCACUGGUGAACAAGCUGCUGAAGUCAAGAAUAAUGAAAUCCGAUGUCAAGUGAAAGACUGUUCAAGGAUAUUUCCAGGGAUUACAACCUUGGUGCAGCAUUACCUCUUGCUUCAUAAAUUCACUCGCGAUAAAACCACCGCUAUGAUGUCAAGCAUCAAUGUAGGGACAUUCCAGUGUGACCGGUCAGAAUGUACACUCUCCUUCACCUCUUUGGAGAAAUACAUUGACCACAUAAAAAACUUUCACAAGGAAAUAAACAUCUCUGAGAGAGGCAGUGUGGAUCAGACUUUUAAGUGUGGGUAUGAUGGCUGUGACCGGGUCUACACUACAAAGUCAAACCUUCUUCGUCAUGAGAUGAAAAAGCAUGAUUUAAUUUAUAUUCCCAGAACACAGCAACAGAGAACAACAUGCGUCAAUCCCAACAAUGGCAAAGAGAACAUUGAAAACGCAGUCAAAUUGAACAAGAAAAACACUAAGAAGAAAGAGGACGGAUCGCUCGACCAUUGGACUAGCUUUGGAAAACCCUCUCUGAAAUCUAUGGAUGAGGCAUCUGCCAUGUGCACCAAAAAAGUAUCUUUGCAAUACCCAUGCAUGAUAAAAGGCUGCGACACAAUUGAAUGGGCUGAACGGAAUAUAUUCAGACAUUACACCACACAUGGCCUCACCGAGAAAUAUAUAGAGGAUCAGAGAAGCCAGUUCAUAUUCUGUAAAAAGUACCCACGCUCAAGAGUCAAAGAUGCAAACAAAUCCGAGGGUAUGUCAACAGACUCCUCUGAGGAGACCGACCCUGACGAGGUUGAACCUGAGACUUCAGAGACUAACUGUCAGAGGCAAGAAGCGUUGGAUGGUGACAUUCAAGCAGAGGCUAAACUGUCAACUGAUGAGAGUUCUGAAUCCCAGUAUCCUACUUCAGAGGUCAAAAAGAGGGGUUGCCCCCGAAAAUCAGAGCGGAGAGCAUUAGCUUGUCCGGACAGAAGGUUGACUCUGAGAAAUCGUCCGGCAGAUAAAGUUUACCAGUUGACAGAGGCUUCGGACCAGGGCUCCACCGCUUCUCAAGAGGAAGAAACCAAGGGUGGUGUUGCACUGGACACUUUGCUGAAGUUCCUGGAAACUUCACCAUCGACCCACACUCCCAAAAGAAAAAUGAGUGGAGGUUCAAGGACUGAGUUGCCAUUAAAACGGCAGCGUACCCUUAAGCAGAAGACCGCUAAUAUUAUGUGCGCAACACCUGAUGAAGUUAUUGGAGCCUGUCAAAACCUUGUAGACUUCAGAAAUCCUCAAAAUCUUCAAUCCGUGAACAAUGUGAAGAUUGUAAUGGACAAAACCUUUUCCGAUGGUGCUGAUCUUUUGCUAAAGCAACUUCAAGAUAUGCGACCCAUGGUUAUAAUACAAAAGUGGCUUUAUAGUUGAUGGAUCGCUCACAGCCUGAUGCUUUUAUUUUCGACUAACUCAGGAUUAGAAAAGUAACAUGCUGCAAACAGAUCUGUUAAUAUUGUAUCAGAUAUCCAAUGGUAAACAGUUUUGACCAUUAGACAAUUGAAGAUGGAGUAUUUUCUACUUAUGACAUGUUAUUAUUGAUUUUAAGUUUGGAUAAUGUAUGUUACUCAUAUAAGAACCAGGUAAUCUGUAGGGAACAUAGACUUUAGAACAUGUUUGUAUUUAUGAGGCUUCUAGUACUAAAAUUGUUUUUGCUAAAUGGAUAAUUUUAAGGAAAAACAACGUUUUUAUAUCCCUAUGGGAUUUUAUUUUUUUGUUUGUAUUUAUUUUAUUUUUUAAACACUAUCUGUAAUAUUUACAUGUCUUCCACAGUGUUCAAUAAAAUGUAACUGUUUGCUUUUAUGAAA